ACAGCUUGCUGGGAGCUGUAGUUUUCCUCCUUCGCCAGGCCUUUGGCGGGCAUGCCGGCGCCGGUGCUGUGCCAGAGCUGCGGGGCUAGCCGGGCCGCUCUCCGGCGCCCCAAGACGGGGCAGGCGCUGUGCCGCGGGUGCUUCGUGGCGGCUUUCGAGGCGGAGGUGCACAGCACCAUCGUGGCGGCGCGACUCUUCCAGCCGGGCGAGACGGUGGCCGUCGGGGCGUCGGGCGGCAAGGACUCGGCGGUGCUGGCGCACCUGCUGCACCUGUUGAACGAGCGGCACGGCUACGGCCUGCGCUUGCUGCUGCUCUCUGUCGACGAGGGCAUCGCCGGCUACCGCGACGACUCGCUGGCCGCCGUGCGCCGCUACCGGGGCCGCCUGGGGCUGCCGCUGCACGUGGUCUCCUACCAAGAGCUCUAUGGCUGGAGCAUGGACCGCAUCGCCCGCCACGUCGGCCCCAGGAACAACUGCACCUUCUGCGGCGUCUUCCGACGGCAGGCCCUCGACCGGGGCGCGGCCUUGGUGGGGGCCGAUAAGAUCGCCACCGGUCACAACGCAGACGAUAUAGCUGAGACAGUGCUGAUGAACGUCCUGCGAGGAGACGUGGGUCGGCUUCGGCGCUGUGCAGGGAUCUUGACAGGUGGCGAGGGGGCAUUGCCACGGUGUAAGCCCCUGAAGCAUGCCUACGAGAAGGAGAUCGUCCUGUAUGCCUACUUCCAAGGCCUGGACUACUUCAGCACUGAGUGUGUCUACGCGCCCAACGCUUACCGCGGCCAUGCCCGCGCCCUGCUCAAAGACCUCGAGGCCGUGCGGUCCAGCACCGUGGCCGACCUGGUGCACUCAGGCGAGCGGCUGGCGGUGCGUGAGGAUGUACGCAUGCCCACCCAAGGCAUCUGCCAGCGAUGCGGCUACCUCUCCAGCCAGCCCCUUUGCAAAGCUUGUGUGCUGCUGGAAGGGCUCAACCGUGGCUUGCCUCAGCUGGCGAUCGGAAAGCCCAGCCGGCUGCAGAAAGCUCUGACGGAUGCAGAGAAGCCGGAAGUGGGCUUCCAGGAGGACUCUCAGCAGACCAACAAAGCCACUAGAACUAUAGACUUCUGAGCAGUGACGUAGGUAUAGAUUUUUAAAGGGGUGGGUUUGGGGGGCGGGGCCAUGCCUCCCCAAGCCCCGCCCCUGGCCUCAGUGCUUAUAAAAGCAGCUCUCCCCCCCACCAGCUGGGCUCGCAGCUGGCAGUCCCUACUGCCCUCCCCUCUGGGCAGAGGCGUAGCUAGGGAAAAUGGAGCCCGGUGCUAAAUCUGAGGUGUGUGCACGCCCCCCCAAUGGGUGACUGCUGUGAUGCUGGAAUCCACCCCCAAACAUCAUCAUUUUCAAUGGUGUUUAAACUAGGGAGCCCAGAUUCUCCUUUUAAAUCCACCUU